GAACAAUUGCCCAAAUAGUCAUUCAACCAGAAUGCAUAAGACAACAGACUGUGUAAAUACAAAAGAAAUAAUAAAUAAAUAAAUAAAUAAAUAAGCAAGCAAGCAAUAAAGAUCGACAACAUGAGAUGAAGAAUCCUUGAAAGUUAGUGCUUCGUUGUGGAAAUAUUUCAAUGAUGGGAUAGUGAAGUUAUCCCCUUUGGUUCAAGAGCCUGAUGGUUGAGGGGUAAUAACUGUUGCUGAAGCUGGUGGUGUGUACUGAGGUUCCUGUACCUUCUUCCUAAUGGCAGCAGUGAAAAGAAAGUAUGUCCUGGCUGGUGCGGGUCCCUGAUGAUAGAUGAUAGCAUUUCAUGUAUAUGUGCUCUGUGGCCUGGAGGACUUUACCCAUGAUGUACCAUGCCAGAUCCACUGCUUUUUGUAGGAUUUUCCAUUGAGCUUUUCAUAGCAGGCAGUGAUACAGUCAGAAAUAUAUUGUCCACUAUAGAUCUAUUGAAGUUUGUCAAAGUUUUAGAUGUCAUGCCAAAUCUGCACAAAUUCCUAAGGAAUUAAAGGCGUUGUCAUGCUUUCUUUGUAAUUACACUUAAAUGCUGGGCUCAGGACAGAUCCCUCAAAAUAAUAACACCUAGGAUUUUAAAGUUGCUAACCCUCUCCAUCUCUGAUUAUCCUAUAAGUUGCUAGUUUUCCUCUCCUGAAUUCUUAAGAUUAGCUCCUUGGUCUUGCUGACAUUGAGUAAGAGGUCAUAGUUAUGGCACUACUCAGCAAGAUUUUCAGUCUCCCUCCAAUAUGCUGACCUAUCACCUCCUUCGAUUCAGCCUACAACAGUGGUGUACUCAGCAAACCUGAAUAUGGCAUUGGAGCUAAGCUUAGCCACGAGUCAUAGGUGUAAAGCCAGUCGAACAGAGAACUAAGUUCACAGCUUUGUGGUAUACCUGUGCUGUUGGAGAUUAUGGAGGAGAUGUAUUACCAAUCCAAACCACUGAGGAAAUCCAGGAACUAUAAGAAGAUAUUGAGGCCAAGGUCUUGGAGCUUAUGACUAAUUUUGCGGGGAUGAUAGUAGUGAAUGCUGAGCUGUGGUUGAUAAAGAGCAUCCUGAUGUAUGCAUUUAUUGAUCAAAUGUUUACAAAAAGAUUGUAAAUUGUAAAUGAUCUAAGUGACAAACUACUAGUUAUGUUCUGCAUCACAGCAUCACUCAACUUAGUACCCAAAUACAUCAGUUCACAGCAGCCAACAGGUGGAGGAGCAUGCAGUCUGAUGCUCCAGAUUCCAGCAUCUGCAUUCUCCUGAAACCAGUCAUCCAAACGUCCCACAGCCCUUCUCAAACUCAAAGCCGAGCUUGUUGCCUUUUGCCCAAGUUCAAGUAAACAGGGAAGCAAUGAAAAACACUACAGCAACACAACAUCAAACAACUAGUAUUCACAAGAAAAAUAUUAAUUAUACUCAAUUUCUACAAGAAAGAACACAAUCAUUUUUUUAGAACUGGUCCUUUGUUCUGUGAUCUUGUGACCUUUUAUCCUACUCUAAGACCAAUCUAACUCUUCCUUCUAAAAUAGCUCUAUCAUUCAUGUACCCAUCUUAAGAGUCUCUUAAGUAUCCCUAAUGUAUCUGCCCAAACCACAACCCCUUGAGAACAUUCCAUGCAACAGGUGGGUCUCAGACCAAAAUAUUGACUGUUCUCUUUUCCAUAGAUGUUGCCUGGUCUGCUGAGUUCCUCCAGCAUUUUGUGUGUUGCUUGGAUUUCCAGCACCUGUAGAUGAUCUCUUAUGAGAACAUUCUUAUGAGAACUUAGCACUCUCCGUAUAAAACCUGCCCCUCACAUCCACCGUAUACAUUCUUCCAAUCACUUUACACAUCCUCUCUCGCAUUAGCCAUUGGCACCCUGGCAAAAGUAUGCUGAUUCCCCACUCUGUCAUCAGCUUAUACAAAUAAACUCCAUUGUACUGCAACGUGGUCACAGUGUUGCUAUACUGAGACAGAGAUUGGAGUGUCUUGCAGAGUUUCUCCAGCAUUUUGCGUGUGUUGCUCAAGAUCUCCGCUAUCUGCAGAAUCUCUUGCGUUAGUGAUUCGGGCUGGGCAAGUUGAUGUAUGAACCCAAUGGUGAAUGGGGAGUAGCUGCUCUUGAACCUGAGAAUUGGACCGACCUCAGGCUUCUGUACCUCCUGUCCAAUGGCAGCUGAUAGAAAAUGACAUGGGGAGGAUGGUGGGGAUAUUUGAUGGCAGGUGUUGCACUCUCUAAGUACUGCCAAGGGUGGGUAGGGAUUUGCCCGUGGUGUCCCCUACGUUACUGCGUUUUCGGAUUCCUGUCUCCUGCCUGUGCGCGCUCCCGACACAAACCGUGACGCGGCCCCUUUAAGGAGCUCGGCAGCGCGCACAGAGCGACGUCACUGAAUCAUGUCGACGGGCGGUGUCCGCCAUCUUGGCGGGUUGCUGACAGUCCGCCGGCGCUGAUCGAUGUUUCCCUCCUCGCCAUCGUCUUCCAAGCCAAAUCGCCGGGAAGCACCCGCCCACCCAGCCAGCGGGAGCAUCUGACGGCCAUGGCGGGGAUCGGAGUCGGCGGUAACAACGACCUGCAGUGGUGUUUCUCCCAGGUGAAAGGCGCCGUCGACGAGGACGUGGCGGAAGCGGAUAUAAUUUCAACUGUUGAAUUUAACUACUCUGGAGACCUACUAGCAACUGGGGAUAAAGGUGGCAGAGUUGUUAUAUUUCAACGGGAGCAAGAGAGUAAAAGCAGACCUCACCAUAGAGGCGAAUACAAUGUUUACAGUACAUUUCAGAGUCAUGAACCAGAGUUUGAUUAUCUGAAAAGUCUAGAAAUUGAGGAAAAAAUUAAUAAAAUCAGGUGGUUACCCCAACAGAAUGCUGCUCAUUUCUUGCUAUCUACAAAUGAUAAAACUAUAAAAUUGUGGAAGAUAAGUGAAAGGGACAAACGAGCAGAAGGCUAUAAUUUGAAGGAAGAAGAUGGAAGAUUUAGGGAUCCUAUCAGAAUAACCACUUUACGGGUGCCAGUACUAAAACCUAUGGACUUGAUGGUAGAAGCAAGUCCGCGAAGAAUAUUUGCAAAUGCACAUACUUAUCACAUUAACUCAAUUUCAGUAAAUAGUGACUAUGAAACCUACCUUUCAUCAGAUGAUCUUAGAAUAAACCUGUGGCAUUUAGAAAUUACAGAUAGAAGUUUUAAUAUUGUAGAUAUUAAACCUGCCAACAUGGAAGAGCUGACAGAAGUAAUUACAGCAGCAGAAUGUCAUCCUCAUCAGUGCAAUGUGUUUGCCUAUAGUAGUAGUAAAGGUACUAUAAGACUUUGUGAUAUGCGUGCUGGUGCCCUGUGUGACAAGCAUUCAAAAUUCUUUGAAGAACCAGAAGAUCCGAGUAGUAGAUCAUUUUUCUCUGAAAUCAUCUCCUCAAUUUCUGAUGUAAAGUUCAGCCAUAAUGGUCGGUACAUGAUGACAAGAGACUAUUUAUCUGUUAAGGUUUGGGACGUUAAUAUGGAAACUAGACCAGUAGAGACAUACCAGGUGCAUGAAUACCUGCGGAGCAAAUUAUGUUCUUUGUAUGAAAAUGAUUGUAUCUUUGACAAAUUUGAGUGUUGCUGGAAUGGUUCAGACAGUGCAAUCAUGACCGGCUCAUACAACAACUUCUUCCGAAUGUUUGAUAGAAAUACCAAACGUGACAUCACACUUGAAGCAUCUCGAGAAAGCAGUAAACCACGUGCCAUCUUGAAACCGCGUAAAGUUUGCACAGGUGGGAAAAGGAAGAAAGAUGAAAUUAGUGUUGAUAGUUUGGACUUCAACAAGAAGAUUCUGCAUACAGCUUGGCAUCCGAAAGAGAACAUCAUAGCUGUAGCUGCAACUAAUAAUUUGUAUAUAUUCCAGGACAAAGUAAAUUAAAAUUGACUUGUUUUAGGACAAGACAUUCUCACAUGGUUUAGUCUCGCCAUUCUCUUUAAGGAAAAAGACCUGGUUUUCCAAAAUUAAUCUAUUUGAUGCAUUAAUCUUCUGGCAUAGCUACAGAAGUAACAUUUACCUAAUUGUUCAUUCAUUCUUGUGAUGUAUUUCCACCGUCAGUUAGGACGUUACUUGAUCUCUAGAUGUGAGAAGCUGACCAGAAGCAAACUGGAAAGACAAUGUGGAUGCAAGAAUAUCUCCAAUUAUGAUUUAAUCAAGUCUGAGCUUUCCUGAUAGAAGACCAACAAGGCACAGUUUAAUGUCUGUGUAAUCUAUUCUUCCUGUAUAUUUUAGGCCUUUUGAACAAGACUUGUGCUCGAUUAUGCCUGUAAAACAUUCCUCCUCUGGCCUCGCUAUUUUUGGCUUAAGUGUCCUGCGUAUGAAUGUUUUAAUGGGUUUUGAGCAGGAUCAGCAGAUGUCUUAUCCCUCGUAACAUUUGCUCACCAACUACCUAUCACCACACCAAUUAGUGUAAAAAAAAAGCUCUUAAUAAAUUAACAUAAACUGGAAAGAAUGUGUUUUUAAAUCUGAAAUUAUGGAUGUAGAUUUGUGAUUUUUCUUUUGCAAUGUGUUCUGGAAAUGGUUGUUUGGAGUAACUAUUUAAUAUUGGUUACAUUACACUUUCUGAGCAGAGCAGAAUAAAUGGCAUUAUAGUAUGACACUAGAAAUUUCAUUUGUAUCAUGUUUCACAGAACCAAUAGCUGAAAAAUCUAACUAAAUAUUGUGAUUAAAGAAGUAUAUAUUUUUAUAGUCUUCAGGAAAUCAUUCAAAUGCUUUUUGUUUCUUUUAUCUAGAUAACCAACUUAAUCAGAACUGGAAAAGUUAAGCAAUUUCUCUUACAUUUCCUACAAAGGAAAGUAUAUAAAAGUGCUUCCCUGAGUUUUGAUAUUGCUGGAAAUUGGUAGUUAACCUGUACCUUAUCCUGCAUCUAAAUUACAGAUUCAUUGCAUUGUGCUAAUAACAUGUAUGUUUAUCUCUUUCAGUAAAAGAAUACUGGCUAAUGUAUUUAUUCUGUAUCCCAUGCUUGCUUCUACUUUCUGUUUAUCCUUUUGAUUCAUUUCCCCUUGUUGUGUGCACAGAAAUACACACAAACAUGAAUUUUAAAGCACAUUUCAGUAAGGGAAACUUAAAUGUUUAUUGCCUUCAAUUCUCCCUCUACAGUAAACCAUAUCUGUAAAUAAAUAAAGUUUGCGUAGCUUGCGUUGGUGCAAAGUUGUAAAUCUCCUGUAUAUAAGGUUACGUUUAUACAAUGCAGUCACUUUCUAUCCCAUAAAUACUAGCUGUGACUUCGUGGAUACCACUCUAGGCACUGAAUUGUAGGUGGUUGGUUUAAAUUUCACUCAAGAAACUCAUGCCUAAAUAUUUAGUUAAGCAUUCCAUUGUAGCACUUGCUGAGUUGCAGAAAAGCCCAUGACAUAAUUUCAAAGAUCUGAUGAAUUUCCUUUGAUGGUCUGGAUUUUAAUAUAAAUAAAAUAAUAUUUGAUCACGUCACUGUGCCGCUUGCAAGAGCUUCCUUUGAGCAAAUCGGUUACUACAUCUCGUAUAAAAGCGGUUAUACUUCAAAAUGAAGGUGUAGGUUACUGUAAAAUGCUUUAGGUUAUCCCAAAAGGUACCAUAUAAGUGUGAGCCUUUGUCAAUUGAUUUUUCUUCUCCUUACUCCUAAACCCCAAGUCUACCUGUGCAGAGGCAGCUUGUGCGGGGAUAGCUUUACUAAUGACUACUUGGGAAGAUUAUUAAUUUCAACUUUGAUCAAGCAUUUUAAAGCUUCUUUUGAAAUAUUUUUCAAUGUGUGGAACACUUAAAUGUCCAAAAUAAAUAGCUUGCUGAGCCUUUUGGUAUAAGUAAUAAUGCAUGAAACUGGAAGAGUGGUUAUGAUAAAUUACAAUGUUAUUGAAAGCAAUAAUAAUUUCAAAGGUUCCUGUUGUAUUUUGUAUAAGGUGCACAAAAAAACUAUAAAAUCAAUGUUGUAAUGAUCUUACUGUCUAUAGAUUGAAAUUUAUAAUAUGUCCUUGCAGCUUCCAAUGUGUUCUAACAAUGUGAAAAUGCUUUGAAAAUACAAGUAAGAACAUUGUAUUGCAGAUGUAAAUGAGCUGUAAUGCUAUAUUCAUUUUAAAUUGUGCUUUGUUUUAGCACAAUUAAGCAUUAGGGUUGACCUGGUGCCAAAUCAUUUUCAAGUGUGCUUUUCUAAAAAAGAAAGUAUAUUGCAUGUGCCUUUUUAUUUCUCUUUUUAAUAUAUGCACAUAAUUAUUUAAUACACUUUAUGUAAAACCUGUUUUAGAUUUUAAGUUGUACAUGGUAAAUGAUGAAGUUCUAAGUAAAUGGAUCCUUUAUAAAGCUGUACACCGCAAGAUUUGUGGGACUAAUUAGUUUGUGGAAUCAAGUGGAAUUAAAAAAUAGCAAUCUUAUGAUGUAAAAUCACUUUUGUUCCUGAAUGUUGUCUGGACUUCAGCUUUCUUUUCAGCAUAUAUGACCAAGUUUCUCAUGCUGAUACCACCAAUUCAUAUGAUUUAAUUUAACUUUAUUACUUGCUAAAUAAAGCCAUUUAUUUUGAUCUAUUUCUUUAUACACAAUAUAUCAAUUUCAAGAUGUGGAGGCCAGGCAAAUUUUAUAUAGAGCUGUGGUUAGUUCAUGCACCUAAUAUUUCAUAGUUUAUUAGGAAAAUAGAAAUAGAAGUAUUCAGCUUUUUAAAUUCAAUUUUUUCUAUUCUAGUUCAUUUAUGUUUCUAUUUAAGGAUCUUUUAAAACGACUUUCUAGUUGGUAUGCUACCAUAUUAAAUGACAGCCACAUUGUUUUGUUCAUACUUUGGAGCAAUAUUACCCUUAGUUUCAAUUAAGAAAAAGUUAUUUUUUUUUAAAAAGGCUAGUUAUUUAGGGACUGUAACAUAACUUUUAGGACCAUUUGUUCUUGUAUGUAUUUCCUGCUGUUUAGCUGCUCUAACUACAUGACAAUCUUGAAAAAUUCUGCUUUUUGAAAAGCAAUUGGUGCAACUUCUCAUUCUGCUUCCAGACUUAAUAGGCAGACCAACAGCAGAGCAUGGUGCGGAAAAAGCUGGUGUUCACCUGGGAAUCCCAAACUUGCCUGCUGCGUUAUGUGGGGAAUUUCUGCUUUAUUGUUUAAAACUAAUGUUAAUACAGGGGUACUCUCAUGGCCUUUUGGCCAUUAAGCCAGCACUGGUUACUUCCAUUUAAUCUCUCCAUGUUUUCCCUUUACCUGUGCAAUUCUUCUUAAAGUGUUCUUUGUAAAUGGCCAUUAAAAGUUAAACUUGAAUUUAUAGUCACAGCUUGGUCAGGAAAUACCCAGUCAGAUUACUGUCAUUGUAUCAGUUAAAUGGGUAGAUGCUGUCCCAAUGUAAAAGUUUAUAACCAGCAGAUGCUGUUAACUGAAAUAGAAACAGCAAGGGUUAGAAACAUUCUGCAGGUCAGGUAGCAUCAAUUAUCCAACUUGAAACAUGGAUUUUGGUUUUUUUUGGCAAAGAUGUUGGCUGACCUGCUAUGUAUUUCUUGCAUUUUCUGUUUCUAUUUCAGUUGGAAUAUGUUUUUACAAAAAUGUUGCCAAUGCGUUAACUUUUUUCUAUCAUUUGCAUAGUGAAACUGUUGUUAUUGUCUUUAUUAUGAUGCGCUCCACAGUUAUAAUGAGACUAUAUUUGUAUGAUUGAUUGACUGCUUGGCAGUAGCAGUAAAUUCAUGAAUAUCAAAGAAUUUCUCUUUUGCCAACUAUCAGUAAUAUUUCUACUUGAGUGAUGUAAAUGCUGCUAAUGAGUGAUUUAAUUCAGUCAGUAGUUCAAUGCUAAGUACAAACGUUCUCUUGUAAAAUGAAUGAAAGUUAAAGCAGUAAUGCUUGGCACUUAAGAGGAUAGAAAACACAUAACCAAACUACCUUUGUUGUUCAUUUCUCAUGUAUUUAAAUGCCUUUCUUCUAUGUAUGACUUAAAUUAUUUGCAAAAAAAUUAUCUUUAUUGAUAUAUUACAGGCUCCCAAAUCAUUCCUUUACCUUUCUACUCUUUAGAUAAAAUUAAAAGAUUUUAAAUUGA